GUCAUCACAUCGCCUCGAGGUUAACAACUCUUCUCCCCAAAUAUCUGGGCGAUUAUUGGAAACCCUAACCCUAGAUUUCCCCUCCCUUUUCCCCUCAAAUUCAACCUCUUUCCUCUUUUGAAACUCACCUGCUCUUUCCAAUUUUGGACAUCAAUUUGACCUCAGUGGACCCGUUUAGGGUUUGAAAGUUUGGGCCUUUUGAUUUUAGGUGAUUUUGAGGAUCGGAGGCGAUUUUGUGUUUUGCGGCUGGAAUGAGGGCUUGUUUGAGUUUGAAGCAGCUGUUUUGAGAGUCCAUAACCAUGUACCAUGCCAAGAAAUUUUCAACAAUGCCCUUGGUUCCCCACAGGGCUCAAGCUACAGAACAACCUCCUGAUACUGGAGUUAUGGUGGGCAACACCGUAAACAAUGCAACUAAUUCAGGAGGAAGUGGAAAGCAGCGACUAAGAUGGACGUCCGAUCUUCACGAUCGCUUUGUUGAUGCAAUCGCACAACUCGGUGGACCAGAUAGAGCAACACCAAAAGGUGUAUUGAGAGUGAUGGGUGUUCCUGGAAUAACCAUCUAUCACGUGAAAAGCCAUUUACAGAAAUAUCGCCUUGCAAAGUAUUUGCCUGAGUCUCCUGGUGAUGGUUCAAAAGAUGAGAAGAAGGAUCUUGGUGAGACCUCCUCAGGCACAGAAUCUGCAGGUGGAAUACAAAUCAAUGAAGCUUUGAAAAUGCAAAUGGAGGUGCAGAAGCGGUUGCAUGAACAGCUUGAGGUGCAAAGGCAGUUGCAGCUUAGGAUUGAGGACCAGGGGAAAUAUUUACAGAAGAUCAUCGAGGAGCAGCAGAAGCUAGGUGGUGUACUUCAGGCCUCUGAGGACAAGCAAAAGCCCUGUAACUCACCCUCAACCUCCCAAGAUUUACCCUCAUCUCCCCAUAAGAAAGCGAGGGUGGGUGAUUUGCCUCGUGAUCCUUUGCACAAUUCACAUCCUUCGGGCUCUCAGGAGUCAAAGCCCAGCCUCAUUCCUCAGUGGGAUCAAGACUUAUAUGGUCAGCCUAGUUUCGAGCAACAGCAGAUGUCGGUUGGCACAACGUCUAGAGGGUCUGAGCUUUCGUCUUGAGGGAGAGCGUCUAAAAUAAGUUGUCGUAAAUAUUAUUAUUGUCAAAGAGCUUAUAUUAUGUACUGCAGGCUAUUUGCAAGUUCAUUGCUACUAGUAUCAGUUCAGCCAGAAUGACAUCUUAAAUUAUGGUGUUUAUGCUUCCUGAAGUAGUUUUGAUGUAUUGUACAUCUGAGCAGGCUGUUUUCAUAA